CCACCCAUGUGACCUUCUUCCUGUCACCACCAGUUCCUGCUUCUCAAUCAUUAGUCCUAUUCCCCCCUCCCCCUCCAUUGUUGUAUCUCUACUAUUUUUACAUACUAUUUGUUUUUUGGUUCUACUCUCAUUCUCUUGCUAUACUUUACAAGAGUGGUGGAUCUUGUAUUUUUUUACAUAUUUGUUGUUUUGGGGCUCUGUUUUUUUUUUUUUUGCUUCCAUGAAUCGAGCUUUUUCUAUUACUUGAAACUUCAACUGAACCUGCUUUAUUGAUUUGUAAAAGUUUUUUUUCUUCUUUUGUUUGGGGUUUUGUUUAAUUGAGCUCUGUUUUCCAGAGCUUGGUGAAUUUGUUGUUUUUCUUCUUUGUUGGGGUUUGCUCAAUUCAGCUCAUAAAUCCCAUAUUGGUGCUCUAUUUGGACCUGAUUUUCAAUUAUUUGUUGUUUUUUAUUUGUUGGGGUUUGCUCAAUUCAGCUCACAAUUCCCGUAUUAGUACUCUAUUUUGGAUUUGAUUUUCGAUUAUUGUUGGGUUUUGUUUGUUGAUAAAUCCUAGUAAUUUUCCACCACUACCGUUUUUGCUGCUAGUGUUUUGAGCUUCUAAUGUCGACGUCUGCAGAGGGAAAUGGAGCUAUAAUUGAUCCUCAGAGGCAACAACAACAGGCGCCUACUGGGGUUGGUACAAAUGGUGCUUUAACAGUGAAAAAACCGCCGGUAAAAGACCGGCAUAGUAAGGUUGAUGGUAGAGGAAGACGUAUAAGGAUGCCAAUUGUAUGUGCGGCAAGAGUUUUUCAGCUUACUCGUGAAUUGGGUCAUAAAUCCGAUGGACAAACUAUUGAAUGGCUGCUUCGUCAAGCUGAGCCUUCAAUUAUAGCUGCUACUGGUACUGGUACUAUUCCUGCUAGUUUCUCGACUGUAUCUGUAUCGGUACGGAACUCAACUGCAUCUCUUGUUUCAUCACUCUCCGCUCCACUUGAUCAGAAAUCAUCACAAAUGAUUUCACCGGCGCCGUUUAUCCUCGGGAAACGUCUCCGGUCAGAUGACGAAAACAUUGAAAAUGGGAAUAAGGAUGAUGUAGCUGUGGCUGCCGGAGCUGCUACUGCUGUGGGUCCCACAGCUGGGUUUUGGGCUGUUCCAGCUAGGCCUGAUUUUGGUCAAAUUUGGAGCUUUGCGGCGGCACCGCCACCUGAAAUGAUGGUGCCAACCUCCGCGGCUGCAGCAGCUGCAGCCGCGGCAGCGUUAAGUUCGCAGAGUUCUAGAUUCUUUCAGCAGCAGAUGGGUGAGGCUUCAGCUGCUAGAGUUGGGAAUUACUUACCAAUGACUCAAGGGCAUCUCAAUUUGCUAGCUUCUCUAUCAGGUCCUCCACAGCCCUCUUCCGGGAGAAGAGACGACGACGGACGUUGAAGAUAUGAUUAUUGUUAUUGUUAUUGUUAUCGUUAUUGUUGUUAAUAUAUCGUAUAAAUGUGUUUUAAUGUUCUUGUUUGUGUUAGAUGAGAAAUUUGUUGCUAGGUUCUAGUGAGUGAGAAAUGAACUAGGGGCUUGUUCAAUUUCAUGAAUUAUUGCUAGGAUUAGGUUUGUUUGCUAUAUCUCAUUUGUCAAGAGUUUACGUUCACCGAGUUUUGGUGUUGUAAGCUGUGGGACGAUAACACGAAACACAAGCAUCAGGGGAAGUUGUUGCUUGUGAUGAUGAAUUUGGUGGGGUUUGUUCUGUUGUUUGCAGACCUCACAAUAAGCUGCUUUGAUCACAUUGUAACAAGAUAUAAUAGGGGAUCAGUGUGGACUAUGAAAACCUGUAGUUCCACAUGAAUGUUUUGUAAGGAAACCAUGGCGGUUUCCGUUGAAUUCAAUUCUGUAAUUUGUUGAAACUAUAUCAGUUGUGAGCUUAAACUUUCCUACUCAAAAGAUUGCUAUGGACUUCAAUUUAUUACU